AUGGCUAGUCUUUUAGGGUUUAUGGGGCAGGUACAGUUUGGAGUCAUUGAUGGAGGUGAUGAACCAAAAAUAGGCAUCGAUGAUGGAGUUGAAAUACUAUCCAUUAAAGUCGGUCUAGGCAUCGAUGGAGUAGAGCGAGUCAUUGGUACUAAAAAAGAAUUGAGGAAGAGGAAGAACAUAGUUGAGGAAGGGAACUUG